GAGGUGGAGGCCAGCCCGAGAGGCCCUGAAAUAGUCACCAUGGGGGAGAAUGACCCUCCCGCAGCUGAAGCCCCCUUCUCCUUCCGAUCGCUUUUUGGCCUUGAUGACUUGAAAAUAAGUCCUGUUGUGCCAGAUGCAGACGCGGUGGCCGCCCAGAUCCUGUCUCUCCUGCCCCUGAAGUUUUUUCCGAUCAUCGUUGUGGGGCUCAUCGCACUGAUCCUGGCGCUGGCCAUCGGGCUGGGCAUCCACUUCGACUGCUCGGGGAAGUACAGGUGCCGCUCGUCUUUUAAGUGCAUAGAACUGACAGCUCGCUGCGACGGAGUGUCGGACUGCAAAGAUGGGGAGGAUGAGUUCCGAUGUGUCCGGGUGAGCGGCCGGAACGCCGCGCUCCAGGUGUUCGUGAGUGCUUCGUGGAGGACCGUGUGCGCAGACGACUGGAAAGGACACUACGCCACCAUCGCCUGUGUCCAGCUGGGGUUUCCCAGCUACGUGAGCUCAGACAGCCUGAGGGUGGACAUGCUGGAGGAGCAGUUCCAGGUGGACUUCGUGUCCAUCAAUCACCUCUUGCCGGAUGACAAGGUGACCACCUUGCACCACUCGGUGUACCUGAGGGAGGGGUGUGCCUCGGGUCACGUGGUCACCGUAAAGUGCACAGUCUGUGGUCAGAGAACAGGCUACAGCCCGCGCAUUGUUGGGGGAAACAUGUCUGCACUCGCGCAGUGGCCCUGGCAGGCCAGUCUUCAGUUCCAGGGGUACCACCUGUGUGGGGGCUCCGUGGUCACCCCCUUGUGGAUCGUCACCGCAGCGCACUGUGUCUAUGACCUCUACCUCCCCAAGUCGUGGACCGUCCAAGCGGGUCUAGUUUCUCUGCUGGACAGUCCAGCACCUUCCCAUUUGGUGGAGAAAAUCAUCUACCACAGCAAAUACAAGCCAAAGAGGUUGGGCAAUGACAUUGCUCUCAUGAAGCUGGCUGGACCACUCACCUUCAAUGACAUGAUCCAACCCGUGUGUCUGCCCAACUCUGAAGAGCACUUCCCGGACGGAAAGGUGUGCUGGACCUCAGGAUGGGGGGCCACGGAGGACGGAGGUGACGCCUCCCCGGUCCUGAACCACGCGGCUGUCCCUUUGCUGUCCAACAAGCUCUGCAACCACAGGGAGGUGUACGGGGGCCUCAUCUCCCCGUCCAUGCUCUGCGCCGGGUACCUGAAGGGCGGCGUGGACAGCUGCCAGGGAGACAGCGGGGGCCCCCUGGUGUGUCAGGAGCGGAGGCUGUGGAAGCUGGUGGGCGCCACGAGCUUCGGCAUGGGCUGCGCGGAGGUGAACAAGCCCGGGGUCUACACUCGUAUCACCUCCUUCCUGGACUGGAUCCACGAGCAGAUGGAGAGAGACCUGAAGACUUGAAGAGUAGAGGACAAGCCACCACCUGAGCCACUGUCCCCGGGUUCUUCCUGCGUGGGCCCACGAGCCGGGCACAUGCCCCCAGUGCCCGCCACACCCACUGCGAACCAGAGCUGCCGCCUCCCACCCGCAGAGCUCCCAGGCUUCGGUGAAACUCCUCUGGGACGGGCGCUCUCACAAACGCAGACCCUCCCCCACUCCUCGCUCUCCUCUCACUGGCUUUUCUCUUCAGGGGACAGGCUCCCUCACACACAGAACUCUGAACUGCCACUUGGUGAGAUACAGCGGCCCAGGACCGCAGGCAGGCAGCCACAGUGGACAUUCACCCGCCCAGGACCCCAGGAAGGCAGCCAUGGGGGGCCGUCUGCAAGUGUUCUCUCUAGGCUCCAGACAAAACGCACACUUGCUACUUCGGACAGCUCUUUCCACAGGGGGAUCUUGGUCUACGAAUGGUUUCAGGGCAUAUCGCAAUCAGUGCCUGGUGGCGUCGGUGCUUGGUGAAUCACCAGCCCUGGAUUCCAUAUAACUUACCAUCUCCUAGCUCAUUCUUGCUUUGGCUUGGGUGAUGUGAACUGGAAAUCUGAACCACAAGCUGGGGGUCGUGCUGGAACAGGAUUCUCAUUGGGUUUGAGAGACUUCACACUGUAUCACAGGACCCAGAAGUAGAGUCAGAAGAGAUGGAGUCCUGGGGAAAGACAGGGUGUCUCCGCUCCCCACACUCCCCCCAUACUUGAACGCAAGUAGAGAGGACAGUCCCAGGUCACCCCGAGGGAAAGGCUGCCCUGCCCACCUCUCCACGUUCCCAGUUAAUCUCCCACUGCCUACAAGAUUGGGGUCCACUCCCAGCCGGCCCCACCUCCAGGCCCCAUAUCACUCAGUAAAUGGUCAUUGUUGGUUGGAGCCUGUUCCUGACCAAGUCAUCGGUGUGUGAGUCAGCCGCCUGCCCUUGGGUUUAGAACAGAUAGAAGGGGUGGGUACAGGCGGCCCUGGGUUGGGAGCAGCUCCGGGGGCCUGGGCGUGUGUGACUCGGGAUGACCAGAGAAAAUCUGCCAUGUAGCCACUGAGUUAGAGUCACUCCUGUCCCCGUCAGAGCCACUCCACAGAUUUCUGUAUCUAAAAGAACCUUAGUCCUCCGGGAAAUCUCUGCAAGCCCUUCAGCGGAUGUCUGGAGCUGUGGGUCGUACUGAUUGUGUACGAACUAGGUACUUCCUUAUUUGUGCAUACUGCUGGCACAGUUUAAUUUAUGAACUAGGCACAGGAAGAGUAGCAUUAGUAAUUAAUAAUGAAAUAGGACAAUUAGAUACGGUACUGUAAUAAACGAU